AUGGUUCAGGACUUUGCAAAAAUCAGUCGGGUCGCACCAGAGGGUGUCACAGCCACGGUCACACAAGGAAAUUUCUACGUCGAGUGGACAAUGAGCACUGUCAACGAGGGAAUCGAAGAGACCAUUAUGUUUGACAUUUACUAUAUCCGUCACUACAUCGUGAGCGCCAAGAGGGUCGGCGCCACCAAGGGAACCGUCUCAGGCUAUGCCGAUUGGGCGCUGAUCUGCAACAACGUCAAGGUCCACCAGCUCGAUUAA